CUCCUGAGUCUCUUCCUACUUCCGUCCUUUGCCUGUGCCACCAUAAAACCUGUGUCCCCCGGCCCUGGUGACGUGUUCAGAUCUGGAUCACCCUGUUCCAUCUACUGGGAUACCGACUCCGCCCAGCCGUGGAGAAACACCACCAUCCGCCUCAUGUCCGGCUCCAACUUGGACAUGUCUUUUGUCACGACCGUUGUUGGGCACCUAAACGGGACCAACUUAACAUCGUACAACUGGACGUGCCCUGACGUGAAGCCACAUUCAGCUAUUUACUUUUAUCAGUUUACGAACAACGAGGACUUGGCUGGAUCCACUUGGACCUCUCGUUUCACAAUCGCUUCAUCUUCUGGCAAUACCACUCUCCCUGAACACAGCAAGCAGCCUGGUGGGGAUCCUAUUCCGUGGGGCGUUGGACAUCUUGUAUCCCCCAUUAGCACAGCUCCAUCGAGCCCGGCCGUUUCA